AUGGCCCCAUCAUUAUGUACCGACGACGUGACCGGGACUGGCAAAAGUGGAUCAGUCAAGUUCAAUGCUAAGCAGCAUCUUGCCUACUCACCACCUUCAAAUAUCCUCAAAAUGAAGGAUCUUGGGAAAAGUCCUACUGUUCUUUCCCCGGUGGCCUCUACUGAGCCUUUCCCCUUGCUGUCUCAUGACGCCAUUCUCCAGCAUCGCAGUGAGAUUUUUAGUGGUGAUGUUCUGGACAACUGCAUGCAUCAUACCCGACCUGGAUCAGUUCAGAUUCGGGGAAUGGCUCCUCGUUAUGCGUCCUUCAUCCAUGAGUUUUGGCACUCCCCCGAGGUAUUGAAGAUUAUCAGUGAAAAUGCCGGGGUUGACCUUAUUCCUGCGAUGGAUUACGAGAUCAGCCACACCAAUGUCCAGUUAGGACCUGGUGGCCUAGAUGCUGUGCGCAAGACACCUCUGGAGCCACCCGCGGCAACCGAAGAGGCUAUUUCCGAAUUCGAAAAGCACAAACCCCGGACUCGAGCUAUCACUGACCAGACUAGGCCAAUUAUUGAGUGGCAUCGUGACUCCCACCCUUUUGUAUGUGUUGUGAUGCUGUCAGACGCCCAGCACAUGGCUGGAGGAGAAACAGAGCUGAAGAAAGCCGACGGGUCGACUCUGAAAGUCAAAUCCCCUCAAAUGGGUUGUGCUGUCAUCCUGCAGGGUCGUUAUAUCACACAUACUGCCGCUCCAGCCGCGAAUAUGCCGGAGCGCGUCACAAUCGUUACAUCUUUCCGUCCAAGGGACCCUACCCUCUUGGACGAGACUACCAAUUCCAAUGUUAGGAAUAAAUCCCACUUGACGGAGCUUUACUUCCAGUGGACGACCUAUCGCCUGGAUGUACUCGCUCAGAGAGCACAAAUUGCGGCGACGGAAUUGCGAGACAUGUAUGAGAAGAAUGUGAAUGCGUCCGAUCCAGAAGGUAAAAAUGGGCUAUGUCGAGUUGAGACAGUGGAGGUUAAGGCUAUUGAGGCUUGGGUAGAGGAUCAGAUGAAGUACAUGAAGGAGACACUGCAUGAAAUGCGACCCUUAGGUCAAUAG